GUAGCUUUAAGCCCACCGCCGAACCCGACGCUCACUUCUGUCCAAGUCGCUCACCCGCAAUCACGGUCCGUCUCUGCAGUGUUUCGCCCGAAGUACCCACAUAAUUAAAAUAUAAUACAAAAUGGAGUUUAAACAGUUUAAAGAAUUUUCCACAGACAUGAUCGAUUACGUGGGAAAUUAUUUAGAAAAUAUUCGAGAUCGGAAAGUAUUGUCAUCGGUAAAACCUGGUUACUUAAGACCACUUUUACCAACCGAGGCGCCUAAUGAUCCUGAAAACUGGAAAGAUGUGAUGUCUGACGUCGAAAAGCUGAUUAUGCCAGGGGUUACUCAUUGGCAUUCUCCAAGAUUUCACGCUUAUUUCCCUACGGCUAACAGCUACCCAGCUAUGGUCGCUGACAUACUGAGCGAUUCAAUUGCUUGCAUAGGAUUUUCAUGGAUAUCAAGCCCAGCGUGUACUGAAUUGGAAGUGGUCAUGAUGGAUUGGUUGGCUAAAAUGAUAGGCUUGCCAGAAAUCUUCUUAGCCUCAGCUGGCCUGGGAGGAGGUGGAGUAAUUCAGGGCACUGCUAGCGAAGCCACUUUGGUGGCGUUGUUGGGCGCCAAGGCGCGGAUACUGCAGAUAAUGAAAGAGGCGGACUCAACGGUGGUGGACGCGGACAUCGUGCCAAAGCUGGUCGCGUACUCGUCUGCGCUGUCCCACUCGUCCGUGGAGCGCGCUGGCCUGCUGGGUGGCGUGUUGCUCCGUGCGCUGGACACAGACGGCGAGCACAAACUCCGCGGCGAUACGCUGCGCGAUGCCAUCGCCAAGGAUCGCGCCGACGGCCUGAUCCCGUUCUUCGUGGUGGCUACGCUGGGCACCACCAGUUGCUGUUCGUUCGACCGCCUGGACGAAAUCGCCGAGGUGGGCAACGCCGAGAGCAUUUGGGUCCACGUGGAUGCAGCGUACGCUGGAUCUUCAUUUGUUUGCCCGGAAUAUCGUCAUUAUAUGAAAGGAGUAGAAUUAGCCGAUUCAUUCAAUUUCAAUCCUCAUAAAUGGCUUCAAGUUACUUUUGAUUGUUCAGCAAUGUGGCUAAGAAAUCCAAAUUACGUGAUAAAUGCUUUCAACGUAGAUCCGCUUUACUUGAAGCACGAACUUGAGGGACAAAUGCCGGAUUACAGACAUUGGCAAAUACCGUUGGGCCGCCGUUUUCGUUCGUUAAAAAUGUGGUUCGUAUUCCGUCUAAUUGGUGUCGCAAACCUUCAAAAGUCUAUCAGAAAAGAUAUAAAUCUUGCCCUUGAAUUUGCCAAACGAUUGGAAAACGACCCAAACUAUGAACUUUUCAAUGAAGUCAGUAUGGGAUUGGUGUGCUUCCGACUUAAGGGAUCCAACGAACUUAAUGAAGUGUUAUUGAAAGAGAUAAAUGAACGAGGCACAGUGUAUAUGGUCCCAUCGAAAGUCAAAGGAACCUUUUUCUUGCGUAUGGCUAUUUGCUCGAGGUACACACAGAUUGAAGAUAUUGACGUGACAUGGAACGAAGUGUAUGAAGCCGGUAAAACCGUAUUGAGUAAACAAUAAAAUCCGUCUAUUAAGAUCUAAGAUUAAAGUUUGCAGCUAAAAUGAACUCUGUUCAAUAUUAAGCGUUGAACACAAAUGAUUAACUAGUAUCUAAAAAUAGAAAAUUAUCAUUAGUAAAAUUAACACUAAUAAAAUAAAAUCAAACAUAAUAAAAUCAGUAUUGUACUCGUACAAAAGAAAAGUGGAUUUUACUGUAUCGCAAUAGAGACUAAUAUAAAACGUUUUAAUCAAUAUUGUUAUAAUACUACCUAUUUUUAAGGUCAUAAUAUUACGUCGGUAUGUUUUAUUUUUAUUAAAUAAACCUACCUAAAUUUUUAUUCCUUGAAGUGUAAAAAAACAAAACUAUUGUAUUAUUCUAGAUUUAUUGCAAUAUCAAAUACAAUUAUUUAUUAAUUAUGAGAAAUAUUACACUUAGCCACUUAGGUACAUAAACUACAUAAUAUUAUAAUAUAGUAAAAAAUAAAAAUAUAUUCUGUAAACUUUUUAGAUGAAUCUGUCCGGCUUUCUUUUUAAGAUCUAUGUAUUUCAACCAGUAAGAUUGUUAAAUUUAUAUUAUUAUUAUUCUUUAUUUAUUUUAGAGUCAUAUUUCAGAAAAAAUUAUAAUAUUUAUACUAUUGUUAUUAAUUAUUAUUACUAUUCCAUAUUUAUACAUUUAGGACGGAUAAAUAGCUUAUAAAGCAACCGAACUUAGGCCAUAAUAUGAUGGUACAAAAUAUUUGUACCGCAACCUAAUGUAUGUUAAACGCGUUUGUAAACACUAUUCAGUGUCAUAAGUUAUACCUAACUUAUAAUAAGCUAAUGUUAGUGCUUAUAUGUUGUAAUGAAAUUACGUUUUAACUUUAAUAAAUUCCAAUAGAUAUCAGUAUUAUCCAUUAGAAUAAAUCAUAUACUUAGUUAAACAUAAAUAUAAUAUAAUCAAAUAUGUUUUAUAAUUAUUUAUAACAUAUAUAUUUAAAUAAUUGAGUGUUAUUAAAAAUUAUCAGUAUUAUCA